GCUUCCAAGGGUGGUGCUGGUAGGGGACGAGGCGCGCGCGCGGCGACACCUCCUCUUCCUAUUGGUCGGGGCCGACGUCAAUCACGCUCCUCACAUCCGGUGGCUCACGGCGGCAGCGCGGGCGGGACGGAAGCGGAGCGCAGUGGCGCCGAAACACGUCGGCGGAGGAUGACAAGGAGAGGACGGACAGGCAGCGGCGUGACCCGGUCACUCGGAUGUGUGUUCAGGAGCUGCGUAUCACUGAGCGAGGCGGGCGCAUUGCCUCUCUCUGGGAAGCCAUUCCAACCACCAGCUGGUCCGGAAACCCACCGCCCGGAGUGAGCCUGCCGGGUCGCUGACCGCUACCACCGCCUGGGAAGACGUCGCCACCUUCCAGGGCCAACAGGGGGAGGAACGCCACCUGUCACCUCUGUCCGAGCAGGGCUCCGCCUGGUCGGCGAGGGGUGACCGUCCACCCCGGGGAGUGAGCACGCUAACCGCUGGCUGGUUGUCUUCCCCCCCCUCCACCCAAGUCAAGGCAGAAGUGCCAAGAGAGACCCACCACCCACCAAGUCAAGGCAGAAGUGCCAAGAGAGACCCCCCACCCACCAAGUCAAGGCAGAAGUGCCAAGAGAGACCCCCCACCCAUCCAAGUCAAGGCAGAAGUGCCAAGAGAGACCCCCCACCCACCAAGUCAAGGCAGAAGUGCCAAGAGAGACCACCCACCCACCAAGUCACGGCAGAAGUGCCAAGAGAGACCACCCACCCACCUGCCCCCCACCAUGAAGAAGCCGUGGAAGUGUGAGGACUGUGGGAAAGGUUUCCGAGCCCCGUCUGAGCUGGAAGUCCACCGGCGCAUUCACACCGGGGAGAGACCCUUCACCUGCCCCGGGUGUGGGAAGGGCUUCAUCCGGCUCGCCAACCUGCAGUCACACCAGCGGGUUCACGCCAGCGGGAGGCGCCCCCGCUGCCCCCGCUGCGGCGGGAAGCGCUUGGAGCCGUCCGCCGGGCGGGCUUCGCCGACGAACGCGGAGGCCUGCCCUCGCUGCAGGGCUGAGCCGAGCCGGCCGCCCGGCCCCGCUCCCGCUCCCGCCGCGCGUCCCGGCGCCACGGGGCGGCCGCACGUCUGCCGGCAGUGCGGCAAGGCGUUCACCUGCUCGUCCAACCUCGCCCGGCACCAGCACCUGCACUCCGGCCGGCGGGCCUUCCGCUGCCCCGACUGCGGCGGGAGCUUCCGGCGCAGCACCGACCUGGCCCGGCACCGGCGGGCCCACACCGGCGAGCGGCCCUUCGUCUGCUCCAGCUGCGGCCGGGGCUUCGCCGACGCCGGCAACCUGAUGAAGCAUGAGCAGAGCCACACCGGCGAGCGGCCCUUCCCCUGCCCCGAGUGCGGCAAGCGCUUCCCCCGCUCGGCCACCCUGCUGCAGCACCGGCGCACGCACACCGGCGAGCGGCCCUUCGCCUGCCCCGACUGCGGCCGGGCUUUCACCUGGUCGUCGCACUUGCAGCGGCACCGGCGCACCCACGCCGGGGAGCGGCCGUUCGCCUGCUCCAAGUGCGGCAAGCGGUUUACCCGGUCGGCCCACUUGCUGCGGCACCAGCGAGUUCACGACUGAAUUCCCAAACCCCCUGCCCCAUCCCUCCCCCCCCCCCCCCCCCCCCCCCUGCUCAUCCCCCUCUUGAGGUCUGGCGUUCGUCAGAUUGAAUCCCGAUGGCUCCUGGUUAGAUAUUCACCUCCUGCGGGGGGUGGGUGUGUGGAAGGGGGAGGGUCUGUUGGCUAUCACUGGGCCAGGCCAGUCUGUAUUGCUCCACAGGGCAGUUCAGAAUCCACCGCCUUGCUGUGGGAGUCUGGACCCUUCCCCCCCCGUCAGCCUGACCAGUGAGGUCUGCCAGUUUCCUUUCAACAGUUGGCAGCAGGUUCGUGGUCAUUUUUAUCGACCUCCCAAUGUCACGGCAGGAUUUGAACCCCCCCCCCCCCGGUCCUCAGAAUUAUCACUGGGGUCUCUCAACUACACUGGCACCACCCCCCACCUUUUCCUCCACUACAUCGAUGAACAGUUCAUCAACUGCGCCUUCACUUUUUAUCCCCACGUCAAAUUGACCUGGACCAUCUGGGACACUUCCCUCCCCUUCCUGGACCUCUCCCCAUCUCCACCUCCGGUGACCGACCAACCGAGGACACCUCCUACAAACCCACCGACUCCCACAGCGACCUGGACUGCACCUCCUCUCACCCCGCCCCCCUGUAAUGCAACAAGGGCAGAACCCCACCACGGUCCUCACCUCCUACCCUAGCAACCUCCAUAUACAUAAGCAUCAGCCCCCCUCCACCAUUAGGGGGGAUAUAUUUCCCUCCCCAUCCCUAUCAGCGUUUCGGAGAGACCAUUCCCUCUGCAACUUCCUUGUCAGAUCCAUGUACCCCCCCCCCCCCACACCAGCCCGCACCCGGUACCUGCCCCAGCCACCACAAGAAGUGCAAAACUUGUGCCCAGACCUCCCCCCCCAAACCCCCACCUCACCUCCGUCCAAGGCCCCAGAGGAUCCUUCCACAUCUGACAGAAAUUUACCUGCACAUCCACAAAUGUUACCUACUGCACCCGUUGACAUCUGAUGUGGUCUCCUGUACAGUGGGGAGACAGGACGCCGACUUGUGCAUCGUUUCAGAGAACAUCUCUGGGACACCUGCACCAGCCAACCCCACCGCCCCCGUGGCUCUGCACACUUCCCCCUCCCACUCCACCGAGGACAUGCAGGUUCUGGGCUUCCUCCAUCACCAAACCCUAACCACCUGACACCUGGAGGAAGGACGCCCCCAUCUUCUGCCCCUGAUCCCGUGUGGUUGCAGGGUCCCAUGUGGAUUUCACCAAUUUCCCCUCCCUCCCACCUUUUAUACCAGUUCCAACCCGGCACCACCCCCCUUGACCUGUCCACCGUCCUUCCCAUCUGUCGGCUCCACCCUCUUCUAUCUAUCGCCUUCCCCCCCCCCCCCCCAAAACUCAUCAACCUCUCGCAUUCUCGGCUACCUUCCCCUUCCCCCCAUCCCAUUUCUCUCUCAGCCCCGGCCCACAAGCCUCAUUCCUGAUGAAGGGCUUAUGCCCGAAACGUCGAUUCUCCUGCUCCUCGGAUGCUGCCUGACCUGCUACGCUUCUCCAGCGCCACACCUUUGUCUUUGGAUUAACAGUCCACUGGGCCAUCGUCUCGUCCUAACUGUUUUAUAUUUGGGCCUGUACCUCAUUUCCUUGUCUUUUUUUAACAUUUGUUUGGGACAGUAGUUUGUGCUGCCCGUUCCCAGUUGUCGCCCAGAGUGUAUCACCUUCUCAAACUGCUGCAGUAGAAUGUGACAUUGACCACUCGGGGUUGAAUCCAGGCAGCCCCUGAACAAUGUACAACUUAGUUUCAUACCUGGAGACGGACCAACAGGAGAAUCGAGUGAGGUUCUUUCUGGGAUUGGAGGAACCUUGGGGGAAAAAAAAAACUCAGUUGAAAUUGAGGAGAUCCACGCCGAUUAAGGCAAGGUGCUUCACGUUUCAGCCUGGAACGCAGUGACCUUGGCAUGUUAGAAAGUGCACCCGGUUUAAUCUACUGACAACUGGACGUCUCUGUGUGUCGUUAGUUUCAAAAGCCAAACGUCCUCUGGAUUCUGCGUUGAUGACGAGAAAUGAUGCAGUGAUGAAGACAGCUUCCUGCCUGAGUAAUCCGAUUGUAUUGAUCGGGGUUGGCUGUGCUUCAUCCCUGAUCAAGAUGGAUGCACGGAAGCAAUCUGGCAAGGACUGUUCUGGCGAUAUCGGCCUCUAAGCCAAACGGAAUGACAUAAAAAUCGUGUCACACUUCGGGUGUUUAAAGUGCUUCAGCUAUUUUCCAAAGACUCGCGGACCAAGUCUUAACUCGUGUUCUGACCUGUGUAGUUUACUUGGAUUAGGCAUUAAUGUACAGCAGUGCCUGGGAGGAACAUGUAAGUGUUUAACUAAAGGCUUCCAGCUGUGCUCAUUUGAUGAUGAAUCUUAUCAAGAGUGAGUUUGUAAACCUGUUGUCAUUGGGUGAGGGCAGGUAUUGGCAAGGUCAGUAAAAUAAAUGGCUUUGACAGAGUUCCUCGGACCUAAAA